AUGGCGGAUAGAAGAAUACAGACAUGCAUCCUAAUACUUCUUGCCUUUCUGUGUGAGAGCGUUCGGUCGUUCUCCACAUUGCAUCCCUUACAGCUACUACAAGGGCACCCACAACAAUCACAUCAUCGUCAUCGUCAUCAUCAUCGUCAUCAUCAUCGUCAUCGUCAUACGUCCUUGUUCCUAGUCACCGAAGACGAUGUCAUCAAAGCGGUUGAAGAAGCCGAAGAAUUGUGGGCCAAAGCUCUAGAGGCUCGCAAAACUGCCAAUGCCUUAUCAGAUAGGGCAGAAGAAGAAGCGGAAGCAUCCAGUGCCCGUGCACAGGAAGUCGAUGCUAAAAUCAAAGAGAACAAUGUAUCGAAAACACCGAUUACCAUGGAAACUCUGGCUGAGGGUGAUGCUGUGGCAAAAUCCAGUUUAGAUGCGGGAAAUCUACUCAAUAAAGCACUGGCAGCAUCAGAUGAAGCAGACCAAUUGUUGCAACAGGCGGAAGAAGCUUUGGAAAAGAGUGAAGCCACACUGGAAAAACAUUUGAUUGAUUUUCCAGACUCGACCCUAGCAGAAUAA